UCCCUCGUCAACAUGGGUAGUCUAUCGAGUGCCCGCGAAAGCGCACAACGCAUUACGUUCUUUGGAGACCAGACAGUUGAUACUCUGCUUUGUAUCAAAGACCUCGCAAAUCGGUCACAUCAAUUACCAAUACUGCGGCGAUAUCUCCGCGAAGCUGCUGACAAGCUCCAGCUUCUCCUAUCUCAGAUCGAACUAGGGGAUUACGAAUGUUAUCGUAACUUCGAAACAAUUGUUGAGCUUGCGGAGAUAUACUCCAAGCAAGAUGGAACCUACGAACCCAUAGGCUGUGCCUUGUGGACAAUCUCACAAUUUGCUGAUUACCUCAGCCGCUCAGAAACCGACCCUUCAAUAUUAACACUAUCCGACUCAGCUGCGCAGCCCACAUACGUUGUUGGAGUGUGUGGUGGACUUCUUCUGGGUGCCGCCGCUGCCACAGCACGAGAUAUCAAUGAGCUACUAGACAUCGGUCGAAAACUGGUCGACGUCUCUUUCAACCUGGGCGUGGCACAAUGGAAACGUGCAAUGGACAUUGAGGGGAAACCCGGGCGCUGGGCCGUCGCCAUUGUUAAUGUUCCGCCAAAGCAAAUACGAAAUAUUAUUACUGCUUUUAAUGAGGAUAUGGCCAUCCCCAAGCACCGCCAGUUCUACAUCAGUUUUCUUGCGAAGGGCUGGGCCGCUAUAUCAGGUCCCCCAUCCAUUUUUCCUGAACUGUGGGAAUACUCAUCAACUCUGAGCUCGGCGUCCAAGAUGGACCUACCACUUGGCACCCCAGCACACGCCGCCCACCUACGUUCGCUGAACAUUGAAGAACUCAUUGGCUCUGGCUCGGUUCUCGAUUUGCCCGUACGACAGGAUCGUCUUGUCAUCUCCACGAGCACAUGCAAGCCUUUUGAGAGCCAGACCUUUGGUAGUCUUCUUUCAAGUUCUCUCCACGAUAUAACAGGCGAGACACUACAUAUCGCUGGUGUGAACGACUAUGUAGCAUCUUGCCUUAGCCGUGAGACGCUUGUUCAGGUCUCCUCCUUUGGGCCCACGAGUCAGAUAGGAUCAUUCAAGAAGGCGCUAGAAGACAGCGGCCUCAAGGUUGACUUGGACUUGAGUGUUCCAGAGUCAAAGACUCCCAACCUCCUCAAGAACCCUGAUGCCCGAGAUGGUUCAAACAUGAUUGCUAUUGUGGGGCAAUCAGUACGUCUUCCUGGAAGCGAUGAUGUCAAGACAUUCUGGGAAAAUUUGAAGGCUGGGCAAACUUUUGAAUCUGAAAUACCCCCAAGCAGAUUCGACCUUCAAAACUAUUAUGAUACCACUGGGGCCAAGAAGAGUUCAGUAACUACGCGUUUUGGCCAUUUCCUAGACCGCCCAGGGCUUUUCGACUGCCGACUCUUCAAUGUUUCUCCCAGAGAAGCAAAGCAAAUGGACCCCAUCCAACGCCUCCUCCUGAUGUGCAGUUAUGAGGCUCUCCAGACAGCUGGAUAUAGUCCAGACAGUUCCCUCUCAACAAAUCGCAUGCGUGUGGCCACGUAUUUCGGUCAAUCUGGAGAUGACUGGCGCCAAGGCCGUGCCAGUCAGGAUGUUGAUAUCUACUACAUCCCGGGAACUAUUCGAUCAUUCGCCCCAGGAAAGCUUAACUAUCACUACAAGUGGGGAGGAGGCAACUACUCUGUCGACUCCGCGUGCGCAGCUAGCACCACUAGUGUCAUAAUGGCUUGUAAUGCGCUGUUGGGACGGGAGUGUGAUAUGGCACUGGCCGGCGGUGGCCAACUGCAUCUUGAACCGGAAAACUAUGCCGGACUGAGUCGUGCAGGGUUUCUGUCCAAGACCACCGGAGGAUGUAAAACGUUCCGAGAGGAUGCGGACGGAUACUGCCGAGGCGAGGGCAUUGGUGUUGUCGUGCUGAAGCGUUUGGAAGACGCGCUUGCCGACAAUGACAACGUUCUGGCUGUGGUCCGUGGUGCCGAUCGGAACUACUCUUGGGAUGCCAGCUCCAUCACACAUCCCAGUGCUAAUGCCCAGGCUACUGUUAUCCAACGGGUCCUUCGUAAUACUGGAGUUGAGCCGGCUGACAUUGGCUUUGUCGAGAUGCAUGGCACUGGCACGACUGCUGGCGACAGCGUCGAGAUGAAGACUGUCACCACUGUCUUUGGUAGUAGACCCAAGGACAAUCCACUAUACAUCGGCGCCGUCAAGGCAAACUUUGGUCACGGCGAAGCUGCGGCCGGUAUCACCUCACUGCUUAAGGCAGUGCAGAUGCUGGGCCAAAAAACCAUUCCUCGCCAGCCAGGUUUCCCCGGGCCCAAGGACCCGACUUUCGACCAUCUUGAUGCAAUGAAUAUCAGGAUCCCAGACUCGUCAUUUCCAUUCCCCACUCCGACACGCCCGUUUUCGCAGGACGGGAAAAUGAGAAUUCUCGUUAACAACUUUGACGCUUCGGGCGGCAAUAACUGCGUGUUACUCGAGGAAGCCCCUGAUAAAAAUGUAUCCCAGAUCCAGGAUCCCCGUCAAUAUUACACGGUGGCUAUCUCUGCGCGAACGACAAAGUCGCUUCAGAAAAACAUGGAGAGGCUGUCGGAUUAUCUCGUGAAACAUCCGGAUACGCCCGUGGCGGAUGUGGCGUAUACUUCCACAGCGAGACGCAUCCACGAGGAUUUGAAGAGGUCCUACACAGUUGACAGCACGGAAAGUCUCGUGGGGUUGUUGCAAGCGGACUUGAAGAAAGAUUUGACUGGUAUUCGACCUGCUACACCGCGCUCCGUGGUAUUUGCCUUUACCGGACAAGGAUCGCAGUACUCUGGUAUGACUAAGCAGCUUUUCGAAACUUGCACGCCGUUUCGAGAGUCGGUGCAAUCUUUGCACGACCUAGCGGUUUGGCAAGAUUUCCCGAGCUUCUUAAACCUAUUCACCGACGACGUGACCGACGAGAUCUCUGCCAGCCCUAUCCAAACCCAGCUGGCUAUUGUCGUCCUGGAGAUGUCACUUGCCAAUCUCUGGAAGUCUUGGGGCGUGGAGCCAGAUCUUGUCAUCGGAUAUAGCCUGGGCGAAUACGUCGCACUUUACGUGUCUGGUGUGCUCUCAGCCCACGAUGUUCUAUUCCUCGUCGGAAACCGAGCGCAGUUGAUGGAUGAGAGAUGUGAGAUUGGAUCCUACUCCAUGCUUGCAGUCCAAGCGUCGCCUGAAGAUCUUGAGGAGCCGUUGAAGGCGUAUCCUACCUCUAAUGUCGCUUGCCGUGGGGCUCCUCGCUCUACUGUUGUCAGUGGGCCCAGCGAAGAUAUUGCCAAGCUGCAUGCUGAGCUCAAGGAGAAGAGCAUCUCAGGCACUAUUCUCAAUGUUCCUUACGGCUUCCAUUGUGCUCAGGUCGAUCCCAUUCUUGAGGACUUCCGCGAUCUGCUCGACCGAGUUCCCUUUUCCAAGCCACGUAUCCCAGUCGCAUCGUCCUUAGACGGAGUCAUUGUCACAGACGAUGACGUCUUCUCACCUUCCUACAUGGUUCGUCAGACACGAGAGCCAGUCGCCUUUGUUAGCGCUCUCAAGGCAAUUGAAACAAGCCAUUUAGUGGACAAUACCAGCCUCUGGGUCGAAAUCGGCCCCAAGAGGGUUCUCAACAGCUUCAUCAAGGCCACCCUCGCCGUUGACCACGAUAGACUUCUUCAUUCAGUGGAUGAGAAGGCAAGCAACUGGAGAACAAUAGCGACGGCGAUAACGGCCUGCUGGCAGGGGGGAGUGUCCAUCAAGUGGCAAAACUUCCAUCGACAGUUCACUAAGCAUCUGCGCCUGGUUGAUUUGCCUACGUACGCGUUUGAUCUGAAGGACUACUGGAUCGAACCCGCCGCACCAAUUGUGCAGCAACGUUCAGCAGCUGAGCCUUUGCGUCAAGUUGCCGUCCCGGCUGUGCCAGGCUUUCCCACUGCGUCUCUUCAGCGAGUCCGGGAGGAACGUAUCCAAGGUGACAAUGCAGCUGUUACAUUUGAGUCGACUCUGUCCCACCCGGACUUGAUGGGACUUAUCCGCGGCCAUCAAGUCAACGGUGUGGAUCUAUUCCCGGCCAGUGGCUGGUGGGACAUGGCAUAUACGGCAGCGAAGUAUAUCCAUCACCGGAUUCAGCCCAGUCGAGGGGCUGCGCCUGGCCUUUCCAUGCUAGACUGCUCAAUAACCCAUCCUCUGAUGCCCAGUGCAAGCGAAGAUCAACAGAAGCUCGUCAUCAUAGUGGCUAAGAAACAAGCUGGCAGUUCCGUUGUGGAGGUCUCGUUUAAGUCCCAGGAAAAGUCUGUCGAGCAAGAUCACGGAAGUUGCAAGAUUCGCUUUGAGUCCAAGGCGGACUGGGAGGCGGAGUGGUCCCGAAGUGCUCACUUCAUCAAGGCCGCCAAGAACAACGUGGUUACGAACGCCACCCGGCCUGACGGCAACGGCCAUAAGCUACCUAAGCCAGUGGUUUAUACGCUGUUCUCUAACUUUGUCAAUUACAGCGGCGAUUUCAAAGGAAUCCAGCAAGUGUACCUGAACGCUGAUUUCCAGAGGGAAGUUGUCGCGGAUGUGGUUCUUCCUGCUGGAAUGUACAACUUCAACCUCAACCCGUACUGGUCGGACGCCCUCAUCCAUGCCUGCGGCUUCAUGCUACACAGUGAUCCAGACCUGCCCACUCAGGACUGUUUCCUCUUCAACGGCUUCGAAGAGCUUCGUUUCCUUAUGGACGAUCUUCUACCGGGUGUACCAUAUACCAGCUACGUCUUCAUGCAUGAUACUAAUAGCCAAGAGGUUCCUGCGAAGCGCACUAGGAACGUCACAGGUGAUAUCUACAUAUUCCAAGGCGAGAAGAUUGUAGGCACUGUCCAGGGUGUGGUGUUCCAAAGGUUGACUAAGAGAAUCCUGACCACAAUUCUCGGGAAAUCUCAAGAUCACCACAACAGCAAUGAGGUACGAAACGGCAACGCCACCACCACACACACCAACCCGCCCGCCCAUGCUACUACCCAAUCGUUUUUUGCACCACCAGGCAUAAAGCCAGCGGUUGCAUUCAGCAGCGCUCCUGCUACAGUGGGCGAAGAAACGGCCGAAGCAGUUAUCGCCAAGAUUCUUACCAAAACUGGCGCCAAUCGAGCCAGUCUAUCAGAGUCGACCACUCUCGGUGAGAUAGGCCUCGAUUCUCUAGAAUGGAUCGAACUUGUUGGCGUUUUCAGGAGUGCUCUCGACAUUGAAGUUCCCGCGUCCUUCUUCUUUGAGUACCCUAAAGUGCUGCGUCUUCGUCAAGCAAUCGCAGAGCUCCCGUUGGAGGGCGAGAAAGAAGAAAGCGGAUCGAGCAGUCCCGAUUCGCCUUACGGCAUGCUGACCCCGGCUACGGGUAGAUUUACUCCUAUUACCGCUUCUAGAUCGACCCACAAUUCUGAUGGCCCAGCCAACUAUGCCAAUAUCGUCCUUGACAUUGUUCUUUCCCAGACUGGCUUCGAUAAAGAUGAUGUCCUCCCAUCCACUAGAUUUGACGACAUGGGAUUAGACUCUCUCUGCACAAUGGAGGUUGUGAGUCUCGUGAGAGAACAGACUGGUCUCGAUCUACCCGCAUCCUUCUUCCACCACCACCCUACUGUUGCCGAUGUGCGAAAGAAUCUGGGUCCAAACACGGAGGACAAGUCUAAAGACAGUGUCAAGGCUUCUGCAAGCAUUGCAGUGUCAGAGCCAGCUACGGAACUGGUUGUUGUGCAUCAUCCUGGCAACUCACCAGCGCCGGAGUCGCUUCCGAUUAUCGACGAGGAUCUAAAAGACUAUCACUGCGAUUUCUUCUUAAUGCAAGGUAGCUCUGAUUCUGCAGAGAUCCCCAUGUUCUUCCUGCCUGAUGGAACCGGAUAUCCCGCUGUUCUUCUGAAGCUUCCGCCUGUCUUCAAGGGUGAUAAUCCUUUAUUCACCUGCAAAUCACCACUACUCCACCGUGCUGAAGGUAGAGAAGUUGCUUGCACUAUUGAAGGCCUCGCACUCAGUUAUGCAGAGGCGAUCCGUCGAACAAGACCACACGGGCCCUAUCUUCUAGCCGGAUACUCGCUCGGAGCGGCAUAUGCCUACGAGGUUGCGAAGAUCCUGGCAGACGCUGGCGAAAUUGUCCAGGGACUGUUGUUUGUGGACUUCAACAUGGCUGCCUCUGUGGGCUUAGAACACAGAGAGCGAAAGCCAGUUCCAACAAACCUAAACGUGGGUGUUAUGGAACAGGUUGGCUGGAUGAACGGUAUCCACAACGAUGAGAAGAACUUCCAUAUUCCUCCCGCUCCGCCCAAAAUCAAAUUUCACGCCCUGAGUGUAUUUAAAUCUUUGACACGGUACUUCCCUAAGCCCAUGACACCCAGUCAACGGCCUAGAAACACAUAUGCUCUUUGGGCUGGAGCCGGAAUGGAGGACCUGCUUGGUCCAAGCAACGCUGGUUUCCUGCCUGAAUUCGGCAUCAUUGAUUGGCAGAUGGGUUCUCGCAGAGAGAACAACGGCCCAGCGGGAUGGGAAAACUUUAUUGGUGGCCCGGUCAGAUGUGCUACCGUGCCAUGUGACCAUUUGUCUAUUAUGAUGUCUACUGACUGGGUUGGAACUACGGCAAACAUCAUCAAAGACCUGCUCGAGGAUGCACUCUCGAACCCUGGCACGCCCUGACCCAUGAGAAAAACUUUUGAACACAGCCACAUGUAAAUGUUAUGAAUACAAAUAACUAGACUUAGACGAUAGACGCUUGGAUCGAUUUUCUUCAUCUUGCAUACACAUUUAACAGCAAUACAAAAUAAAGCUGUACAUGCGAGCUAGAGAGCAAAUAACACUCCUCUAAUAACUAGAUUGGGAUAAUAUGUGAAUGUAGUGAGCUAUUCAAGCAACUCUUUGCAUCAAUUUGAUAAUAUUAACAACUGUGUCGUAAAUGCAUCAC